CGGCGACCUAUCCCAACUAGGUUAAUAUCAUUUUCACAGCACAAAUUUCACAAUUCGGUCAGUCGAGACAUAAAAUAAUAAAAUUAAAAUACAUUUAAGAACUUUUCCGUAAAUAAGUCAAAUUAAAAUUCGUUACAAAAUAUAUAUUUUUUAAAUUAAUAUCCAAUUCGCUUUUGGCUGUUCCACUUUGUUAAUAACCUUCUCCAAUUCAGAAAGAAAUCAACCCAAAAAUGUCGGACAAUUCGGCGGUAUCGGGUGUACUCAACUUAGUCCUGUGCGGCGUUACCGGAUAUGGAUUCUAUGCUAUGGGGCCUUCGGAGCAUCCAUAUGCGUUCUCAGCAUGCGUGAUUGGAUUUUGUCAUGGUUUAUUUGGGCUGGUCGACUCUUUCUCUGGCAAUGAAACGUCGAAGAGCGCCAAGGAGACGAGUAAUUCCAUUUUGGAGAUAGUCCCCUUGCCACUGGUCAACAUAGAGCUCUUCUUUGGGGGCGAUGCCAACAACAUUGCUUUGGGCCAUGGCCUCUUCAUCGUACCCAUGGCCAUCUGUAUCCUGGUGGGCCUUAUCCAGGGCAAGGGUGACGGGGAAGGCGAUGAAGUCAUCGAAACGCUCAAGCUCUUGACCAUUCUGGGCAACAUAACAUCACUCUCCUAUCUGGCCGUCAACGAGGGUAGCUGGCUGAUGGGCGCCAUGGCCUUCCUAUCCUUUAUGACCAAGUAUGGCUCGGAGUAUCUGGAAACUCAGAUCGAGGGCUCUGGUGAUCCCGUAAAAUAUGUCAGCUGGUCCGUAUUCUACUUCCUAACCACCAUGGUCGUUGGCGGCGAGAGGUAAUUGCCUUAUCAAUCCUUCCCAACCCAAACCGAUCCGUGACAAAUCCUGCAAUGGGGAAUAAUCGAAAUAGUGAAACUUGGAUGCUUAUAGACUUUAUAACAUUACCCGCAACUAUACGAUUAUUUAAACUAUUAUUAUUAUUACUAUUCAAAUAUUGAGCUUAACGAUA